CUUGAUCAUCAUCAUCAUCAUCAUCAACCAAGUAGCAUCAUCCAUCCUCUUACACUUUGUUUUAAUCCAGUAUGGAUUCACUUGUUUAUGGUGAACAUUAUGGUUCUCAUCCUCCUACAAUAGCAUCACAAUCAACAUUACAUCGAAAUUGUAGUUUAUCCAAAUCCAACGGAUUAUCCCCUCAAUUAUCAUCCUGUUCGUCAUCAUCAUCCUCAUCCUCAUCUUCUUCCUCCUCAUCAUCUUCAUCUUACAACAGCAACAAUAAUACAAUUAACCCAGAAUCAAACGAUUUUGUUACUGUGGUUGAAGUUGAUGAAAAUUUGAGAAAGAAUCGACAACAGGUUCCAUCUAAUUUAAUUAAUGACAGUGAUAUUAAUCACUCUCAUCAACAAUUAAAUCAUUCAUCGCCAAUGAUCAUGUCACCAGCAACAAUUAAACAGCAACCGGCAGCCUCGGUGAACAGUGUUAAUGGAUCAACAAUAGAGUCUUUUGUUACAGUUCUUGAGGUGGGAAAUCCUCCCAUACAAAAUGGUCAAUCUCGUGAAAUUGGUGCUAAUAAUGUUGUCAUGACUAAUCAUCAUCCUGGUGAAAGUGUCAAUCGACAUCAACUAGUUAAUAUUGAUAAGGCCAACAAUGAACCUCGAUUAAUCACCAAGACGAAAACACUAUUGGAACAGGUAACCGUUUAUCGGCUUCCAGGUGAACGAUUGGGAAUGACAUUAAAAUUUGAUGGCGGUGCUAAUCUAGAUGAGACUAUUGAGAAUCUUUAUAUUCAAAAUAUUAAUCCCGAUUCACCGGCUUCUCGGAUUUCAGGCUCAACUUUGGGUAGACUUUGUGAAGGUGAUGAGAUUCUGGAGAUUUCUGGUGAUCCGGUCAACACGAUGACCAGGAAAGAGUGUGUAGCCGCUCUUGGAGAUGCUCCCAUUUGUUUUAAGAUGCUGAUUAAACGUCAAGAAACCAUUUCCAUUACAGAGACAACAACAAAACCAGCCAACCAGCCCACACUUGCAAUACAACCGACUCAUACACCGAUUGCUGCCACUUUAUCAAGCCCCGUUGAACAACAAUCAUCUUCAUCAUCCUCCUCCACAACAACAGGUGAAGUUGAUUAUCACAAGGCAACUUUACGCCGAGUUGAUUCCGAGAAUGUGUUAACUCCACCAUUACGAACUAGACGACAACCUCCCCCAGUACCACCGAGAAAUUCAACAACCUCAUUGACCAGUGGAAACAGUUUUCGAUCACCAAUAAAACCUCCAGCUCGUAAGAGACCCUCUCAACCCCCACCACUGCCUCCAAGACGAUCAAAGGAUACAACAGGUAAAUUAGUUUCAACUGCUCGUCCACCGGAGGCUCAACUUUGUCCACUUCCAGUUAAUCCUAAUGAUGAAAACACAACUUCAUCAGGAACCAUCGAUACAUCAGUAAUUACCCAUUCUAAUCAAAUGGUUACAUGCUCUUCCUCUAUAAUUGUUGAUUGUAAUCAAAAACCUGGUCAACAAGGCAAAGAAAACGCUAAACCAUCAACACCAAUUGUGGAUAAUGUGUCAUCUUCAAAAAUUUCAAUUACUAAUCUUGCAAUAGACAAUAAUUGUGAUUCCAAUGGUUUAUCAUCAUCAUCAUCAUCUUCAUCAUUCACCUCAACCAUGAUGGGUACACCAUAUUUGAAUGGGACUAGUGAAAUGAUUAUCCAAGGAAUUAAAAACGUUGAUGAUAAAUUAUUGAUUAAAGAUCAUCAUCCAUCCAAUCCUUUCAAUAAAAUUAAAUCAUCUUAUGAUAACCACCAAUAUAAUCAUCAUAUCGACCAAUCGUUACCAGCACCACCAGAGCUUUACAUGGAUACGAUAUCACCCAAAACUAAUCUGGGUAUUGAAUCAGAUUCUGAUGAUACUGGAAGCUCAGUUUCCACUGUUGUUGAAAGAUUUUCCUUUACUGGUUAUUCAUGUUCCCCAAGUGAUUUCUCGUCUUCCAAUGGUGAGAGUUCAUCAAAUAACAGCAACAGUUUAAGAUUACCUGUAACCGGAUCCAAUGUUAUAUCCAUAUCUCCAUCGCAAUCAUCCACUGCCACCAUCAACACAACUCCAUCAAUAAAUCCCCCAUCAUCAUCUUCUUCCAAUUUUAUUGAUAUUGGUAAAGUUCUUGAUCCUUUUGAAAAACUUCGUCGUGAAUUUGAUGAAAAAGGUUCCUUAGAAGAGCUUAUUGCUGAAGCUAAAUCCGGUUUUUCAUUGGAUAAUCUGAUGAAUGAUAAGAAUGAACCACGUUUAAACCAAUCAUCAGGUUUAUCAUCAACUUCAUCAAAAACAAUAAUAAAUAAUAAUAAUGGUAAUUCAUUGUCAACAAAUCCAUCUUCAUCUCUAUGUUCAAUUCUUGGUCCACCAACUCACCAGGCACCAUCACCACCAAUAACUUCAAUUCCCUCCCUUUCACCUUCUCGGUAUGAGGUUAACUUGGAUGAUUAUGAUGACAUUCAAAGUAUUUCAUUAUCAUAUGAUUCAAAUAAUAUAACCAACUCUUCAAAUAUUACAACAUCAACCUUUUGUGAACCCAUCGUUGAGCCACCUAAAAGUUUUAGCAAUAAUUUCCCAAGUAUCAGGGAAGAGGAAGGUGAAAGUAGUAGUAAUAAUAGUAGCCUUGAGUAUCAGCAUGUUAAUCUUAAUCAGACUAACGAUAAGAAGAUGAUUAAGAGUACACUUGAUGAGAAUAGUUGUAUUAUUACGUCAAAUCCUGAUGCUGCAAUAGCGGCCGCUGAUUCGGUUACAUUGGAUGCUCAAGAAAUCCUGUCUAUUGUUGAGAGUAUGAAACUUGAUGAUGAUUUAAGUUUAAUUCCAUCAAUUAGUGAUACGUUGCCAAUAAUUGGGGAUAAAUCGAUGACACCCAAAAUCCGAAGUAGUUGUUUCGCUAAUGAAGAAACUAUUUCAGGAAAUGUUUCAGCCAACUUAUCAUCUUCAUCUUCAUCUUCUUCUUCAGUGAAUGGACAUUCUCCCCUAUCAGCAUCUUCUUCAUCUUCUUCGUCAACCUCUUCAUCAACUCUUCCGAUUGCCUCAGAGGUAUUAUCAACAAUUAGAGAUGAUUGUGAUGAAGAUAAACCAGUUCAGUUACAACAGGAACUAAGAAUUUCAUCAAAUUCAACCUCUUUAUCCUCAGUAAUCACUUCUCCCUAUGAAAGGAAAACCAUUACUCAGUCUUACGAGCUUAUGAACAACGGUAAUAAAGAAUCACAAUCAGAGGUUGAUUAUAAUGAAGAAGAUUCAAGAAUUAUCAAUGGAAAUGGUAUUCGCAAUGUUUCUGGUAGUCGUAAUUCAAGCAUUUGUAGCAAUUCAAGUAGCGAUUCAUCAUCUUCACUUAUUUCACCAUACACACCAACAGGAUCAGUUUCUUCAUCAUCAUCUUCUUCAACUAGUGACCCCAGGCUAUCACCAGCUCGAUUAACCCAAAGGUGUAACAAAUUGAAUAACAAUCGAUCAUCAAUUCCCAAAAUGGUUGAAUUACCAAGUCGCACAUCUCGUUCCCAAUCAUCUUCAGGCCUAUUGUCACGUAAAUGUAAAUCAACAUUAAAUUUAUCGUCUUUCACUGACUUUGACAGUAAACCAAGUCUAAUACCUCGACCAAUUAUAUCAAAUGCCAAAUCAACAACAAACCUAACAGCAAUUAAUGGCUUCCAUACAAUAUCACGUUUCCAUAACCAUAGUAAUAGUAAUGGUUACACCGGAAAUCACAGUAACAAUGGUACAGGGGUCAUUGGUAAUAAUAAUAAUAAUGGCUACUAUAAUGGUAAUAACAAUGUUAAUGGUUAUCUUAAUCAUCACCAUAAUCUUCAGCAAGUAAAUAACAAUCAACAGCAGAAUCACCAUCAGCAACAGUCAAUCAAUGGGUCAAGAAAAAAUGGUUCCAUCAUCCGGAGAUCAAAAUCCAUUGAAAAUAUGAGAUCAUUAGCUUAUAACGUUAACAGCGUCUCUUCAUUAUCAUCAAAUGGUCACCACAAUCAAUCUAAUCGUCGAGUAACAACAACAACGACAGGAACAGGAGGUGGAGAUGUUGAAUCAUUUGGAAGAUCACAAUUUAAACCAAAAGAUUAUCCACCAAUAAUUAACCAUAAUAAUCAUCAAGUAACAACAGUCAACAGUAAAAACGAUUCUGCCAAAACAAUUGACCCACAAUCAGCUAAUCACCUUUACCAUUCCAACGGAACCCGAAGUCACAAUUAUCAUUAUAACAAUAAUCAUCCAACAAAUGGACAAUCAAAAAUCUCAUCUUACUCGUGCAAUAAUAAUGUCCCACGAAAAUCAUCAUUGGCACGAUGUACAGAAAGGAAUCAGUUUAAUGUUGAAUUUACCCGAAGUAAAUCAUCUCUAACCUCAUCAUCAUCAUCAUCUGGUAUUAACACAAUGUCAACUUCAUCCUCUUCAUCCUCAUCCUCAUCCUCAUCAUCUGUAUCAGCUUCGUUAUCAUCGUCGUCAUCAUCUCCAGCCUCAUCUACAGCAUCAUCCACAUCCCCUCCUCCCUCAUCAACAUCUCCCUCUUUGUCAUCGUCAUUAUUAUCAAAUGGUAACCAAUACAAUCAUCAUCAUGGCUCUCAACAGAAUAAUAAUAAUAAUCAUCAUCAAAUUAACUCAACACAUGAACGAAUGAUUGAUUUAAAAUUAGAUAUAAGUGAUGAUGAGAAAGAUGAUAUUAAAGAGCUGGAAGAAUUGGAAGAGUUUAUCGCUCGGGAGAUGAAAUGUAAAUCCGAAUCAGAUGAUUUCUUGACUGAUGAAUUGUUCACUGAUUCAUUAGUUAAUUGUAACACCACAACAUCAACUUCCACCACCCAUGAUAGUCUUGAUAAUAAUGAUUAUCAUCAUCAUAAUUCCAACCAUGAGAUUGACUUAUUGUUGGACAAAUCAUUGGAAUCAAAUUUCUCAAACAAUUCAAAAAUCUUAACUUUCCCAACUAUCCCUGAAGAACAGGAAGAUCAUCCAAGCCUCGAAAUGAUUAAUGGUGAUUAUGAUAAUCUUAAACAAUCAGAAGACCAACAAUUCCAUAAAAAGAAAUCAGAAAAAUCAAAUCAACACGAGAACCAAGUUAAUUAUCAUCAUUAUAAUGAUGAAAACGGAACCCCGACCAAUGGUCACUUGAAACAAUUGAAUAAAUCUCUUGAGAAUGGACUUAAACAUGAUAACAAUGCUGUUAAUGGUUCAAUCAACGUGCUCGGUGAAGGACAAAAAGACAACAACAAUCAAGAUGAUCAACAGAAAAACUUAACAAAUUCAAGAGUCAAGUACAUAGUUUUCACUAAGAUCAUUGAUUUAUAGAGAAUCACAAUUAAUCUUAACAAUUUAAUUUUCCAUCUCUUUCCCAUUUCGUAUUCAUCUUCUUAAUAUAAACAACAAUUUAUUUUUUUUUCUUUCCUCUUCUUUUUAAAUCAUUUGAAGAAAACAAAAUUUGUUCUAAUUAGCUUAAUUAUCAUCAUCAUCUUCAUCAUAUUCUUAAUUUAGUUUUGAUGAUUUUAAAGAGAAACAAAAAGAGAGACAAUUAAGGCUUCUAAAAUCUUAAUAGAAAAUUACUGUAUAUUUAUACUUUUAUAAUCGUCGUUAAUUGUCAUGAAUAUAAUUACAAUCAUUUUCUUCAAUAGA